GGAGCCGGAGUCCACUCAGCCUCACAGCCGCUGGCAGGAAGUCCAACAGAUAGCAGGCCAUGCCGUUGAGGAAGUGGUGAUUGAAACCUUCGGACCCUCUUCUCUUUCAUCUGAAGACCCAACAAAACUUGCACAACCAACAAAAAGUUACAGAAUGUUCUCCAUUUACCACCUGUGGAUAUUCAACUUCAGUCUGGACUGCUUUUGGCCUUGUGUGAAUCCUGCAGUGGCACUUUUCUGCUUGCACUGAAUAUUUUUGUUCUUCCUUUUGAAUUUAUUUUUCACCAGCACAAGUGGAUUCUCAAAUCUUAAACACCCCUUUGGAUCCCAGUUUUGGAUACAAUCAACUCCUUUAUGGAUUUAAAGAUAGAAUAGAGUCUAACAGGGGAAGCAGUUUGACUCCCCCCUCCCAGGUCCUGCCUCACUCAUUCAGUCCCCCCUGCAUCUGAAAUGGAUGAAAGGAUUAAAAACUGUCCCAACUCCUCAGCUUGGAUUUUUUUUUAUUUGGGCCCUUUUCUACCACCAUUUCAUUUAGUAAAGGUUGGAGUCUUCAAGUAAAACAUGGGCAAAGGAACAUGGCAGUAACUUUUUUUUGGUGGCUCAUGUAUGAAAUCAUGGAGAUAUCCAUCACCUGAUGGAACGACCCGAGUUGUUUUCUUUCAGUAGCGUUUGGGGAUAGUUUUGCUUGUUACUCUGAUUUUUGUUUCCUAUUACAAGAAAACUACACCCUCUUUUGUGUUCUACUGGCCUUUGCGUAGGCCUGCAUGUUCAAACAUAAGGAUGGGGAGGCUUAUGUGAAAUUUCUUAAGCCUGAAGCGCUGAAAGGAAUUAUUCCCCUAACAUCAGAGGCCAGCUGAAAACAAGCGGCAACACAGGAGUGCCGCCUCCGGCGAUGGCAGCUGAGCACGGGGAGCUGCUGGCUGAAAUGGCCACCAUCGGGCGCCUGGGGGCCACCGAACGCCUCAAGCACGCCCAAAAGCGCCGUGCUCAGCAGUUAAAGGCGUGGGCACAGAUGGAAAAGGACGCGGCUCGAGGCUCCAGGGCCAAAGCGGACAAGAAGAAGACCCGCACCCACCGAGUGACUUUCCCCAGCUCCAUCACUCUGCUGGACGCAACUGCCCGCAACGACGUGCAGGAGGUGAGGGAUCUGCUGAACAGCGGUGUGAGUCCAGAUCUGAUCAACGAGGACGGACUGACGGCCCUGCAUCAGUGCUGCAUUGAUGAUUUUGUGGAGGUAGUGCAGUGCCUGCUGGAUGCGGGUGCCAGCGUGAACGCCUGCGACAGCGAGCUGUGGACCCCUCUGCACGCCGCUGCCACCUGUGGCCACACCGGGCUGGUGCAGCUGCUCAUCCAAUGUGGAGCCGACUUGCUGGCGGUAAAUGCGGAUGGCAACAUGCCUUAUGACCUCUGUGAGGACGAAGCCACCCUGGAGCUCUUAGAGAUGGUCAUGGCUGAACAGGGGAUAACUCAGGACCGCAUAGAUGAAUGCAGAGGAGCUAAAGAGGUGACCAUGUUGGCUGACAUUAAGGCUCUGGUUCAGAGCGGAGCCGACUUAAAUGCACAAGACAAUAAUGGAGCUACACUGCUCCACAUCGCGUCUGCCAACGGCUAUAUGUCUGUAGCAGAGCUGCUGCUUGAGAACAGGGCUCAGAUGGAGGUGAAGGACUCGGAUGGGUGGACGCCGCUGCACGCUGCCGCCUGCUGGGGGCAGAUCCAAAUUGUGGAGCUGCUAAUGGCCCAUGGAGCCAGCUUGAACACCAAGUCUGUGCUGGAGGAGACGCCUUUAGAUGUUUGCAUGGACGAAGAAGUCCGAGCCAAACUGAUGGACUUGAAACACAAACACGACGCCAUCAUGAAAAGUCAGGAAAGACAGAAGGGCACCCUGCAGAGACGAGUGUCCAGCACAGGAAGCAGAGGCAAGGUGGUGCGACGCGUCAGCGUCAACGAGCGCUCCAGCCUGUACCGGCGCGAGCACCACAAAGAGGCCAUGGUGUGGCAGGAACGCGGCCGCCAGCCGGAGCCUCAGGACGAGGACGAGGACCGGCAGACCGACAACGAGCUGCACCAGCAGGCCUCCAUGGUUGCCGGCGGAGCAGCGACGUCUCGCUUAGAGGAGCUCCAGGCGGCAGACCGGAAGAUCGCCCCCAGCCUGGGGAACGGGGAGACCUCCGUCUCCCUGGCGUCCUUGGUGCCCGGAGAGCUGUGGAGCGGGGGGGGCCGCAUGGAGCGCAGCGCCUCCUACGAGCUCAGCUCUGCGUCCGGAGCCGGCGCUGCCCAGGGGGAGGCCGCCGACAGCAUGUCUCGGGAGAAGUCGCACCACACGCUGGCCGACCUGAAACGGCAGCGGGCGGCCGCCAAGCUGAAUAAGUACCCGGCGCCGGCCCCCCCUCUGCCCCCUCCCGUGGAGGAGGAGACGGCGGCCGAGGUGGCCAGCUCUCAGGCCGAAAACCAAACCACCACCCCCACGGAGCAGACCGUGUCCCCCAGCCAGGUGUACUUCACCCCAGCCAGCGGAGAUCCUCCACUACUGAAACUCAGAGCCCCCGAGGAGGAUCAGUCCAACAAGAUUCUUCUCAGCCAUCAGGAGCGAAUUGAGGGAAGAAAAUUCGACCAACCGCCAGCAGUGAAGAGCGAAGGCGUGGCGGCCCGGCCGGGAAUAUGA